AUAUGUCUCACUUUUUAUGCUAAUUUAUUUUAAUAAACUGUUAAAUAUUAAAAGAAAAAAAAACUGAUUACUGAAUUGACAAUUAAAGUAUUUUUCAUCAAUACUUUUGGAAAAAAAAAUAUUCUUCCCCAAUGAUGUAAAACUAGUGAAUAAUUCACUGAACAAGGUGGCGCCACGUAGCGAGCAACCACCACCGCUACCUUUCAUUAUAUUAAAACGAGUUCAAAAUAACUGAUUUUCGAAAAAGAAAUUCGAACAAUUCGAUGGCGUUAAGAGCAGUUGCAGGUUCAAUGGCAAGACGACAACUGAAAACACCUGCGAAUUUGUGCUUCAACCCAUUUGUAAUUUCUGCUUCAAAUCAUCGUCAUCGAUCCAUCGCUUAUCCUCUUUCUAAUUCUCCAUCAGGAUUCCGAUUUUCUAUUCGAGCAAUGCAAGAGACAACAACCACCCCUAUAACUCCUAUGAAAAAAGAUAGUACUGAGCAACCACAAUCUUCCCCGAAUUGGAAGGUUAAAAUGCUUUACGACGGUGAUUGUCCACUUUGCAUGCGUGAGGUGAAUAUGCUAAAGGAAAGGAAUAAGGACUACAAUGCUAUCAACUUUGUUGAUAUAAGUUCAGAUGAUUAUUCACCCGAGGAUAAUCAAGGCCUUGACUAUGAAACUGCUAUGGGAAAAAUUCAUGCAAUCAUGUCCGAUGGAACUAUAGUCACUAAUGUUGAGGCGUUCCGAAAGUUAUAUGAGGCGGUUGGUAUGGGUUGGAUAUACGCAGUUACAAAAUACGAGCCUGUUGCAACAAUAGCCGAUGCUGUUUAUGGUGUAUGGGCUAAAUACCGUCUCCAAGUCACAGGUCGGCCACCUUUAGAAGAAGUUUUGGAGACUAGAAAGAAAAAGGCUGAAAUAUGCGAUGAUAACAAGAGUUGCAGGAUGUAAUACUCGAAGUUCUUCCUUCAUUCGUCCACAGUUUAUGAUUCAUGUCAGUAAGUUAGAUGUUGUAAAGAAACAAUCACUUGUUUUAUAUUAACGAUAAGAGUCGUAUACAAACUUGAUUCAGAAUAGCUGAAUAUAUAUACACACACACACACACACACACACAUACAUAAAUCGUUAUGUCCUUAUGAAUUGAGUUCGUAUUUUUAAUAAAAAAUAUGGGAUUUUAAGAUCGUA